CCCCCGCCUCCGCCCCCGCCUUCGCCGCUCUGGCUUCCGCCCCCUUCUCGCUGCGCUGCCGGAGGAAACGGAAGAAGGAGCGAGCCAUGGAGGGGAACCGGGACGAGGCGGAGAAAUGCAUCGAGAUCGCCCGGGAAGCUCUGGAGGCCGGCAACCGCGACCGGGCCCUGCGCUUCCUGCACAAGGCGGAGAAGCUCUACCCGUCCCCCACGGCCCGCGUGCUUCUGGAUGCAAUUAUGAAAAAUGGAAGCACAGCUGCCAACGGGCCACAUUGCCGAAAACCAUCCGGUGGCAGUGAUCACAGCAGGCCCAGCAACACGAAGGACGGUGCGUUUGCUGCUGGUGAAAGUGGAAAGGCCUACACCAAAGAUCAAGUAGAUGGCGUCCUCAGCAUAAACAAGUGUAAAAAUUAUUAUGAAGUACUGGGAGUCACAAAGGAUGCCGGUGAUGAGGAUUUGAAGAAAGCUUACAGAAAGCUUGCUUUGAAGUUUCAUCCAGAUAAAAACCAUGCACCUGGAGCAACAGAUGCUUUUAAAAAGAUUGGAAAUGCCUAUGCUGUUUUAAGCAAUCCUGAAAAAAGAAAGCAGUAUGACCUCACAGGCAAUGAAGACCAAGCAUGUAAUCACCAAAACAAUGGUAGAUUUAAUUUCCACAGAGGUUGUGAAGCUGAUAUAACUCCAGAAGAUUUGUUUAAUAUAUUCUUUGGUGGUGGAUUUCCAUCAGGUAGUGUACAUUCAUUUUCUAAUGGACGAGCUGGAUAUAGUCAUCACCACCAACAUCGGCAUAGUGGACAUGAGAGAGAAGAAGAAAGAGGCGAUGGAGGUUUCUCUGUGUUUAUACAGCUGAUGCCCAUUGUGGUGUUGAUCCUCGUGUCCUUGUUAAGCCAGCUCAUGGUCUCUAAUCCUCCUUACUCCUUAUAUCCCAGAUCUGGUUCGGGACAAACCAUUAAAAUGCAGACAGAAAACUUGGGUGUUGUUUAUUACGUCAACAAGGAUUUUAAGAAUGAAUAUAAAGGAAUGUUAUUACAAAAGGUAGAAAAAAGUGUAGAAGAAGAUUAUGUGACUAAUAUUCGAAAUAAUUGCUGGAAAGAAAGACAACAAAAAACAGACAUGCAGUAUGCAGCAAAAGUGUACAGGGAUGAUCGGCUACGAAAAAAGGCAGAAGCACUAAGCAUGGACAACUGUAAAGAGUUAGAGCGGCUGACGAGCAUCUACAGAGGAGGAUGAGCCAGGGCGUUCUGUUACCUCUUUCAGCACACUUGUUUUCUGUACAAAAAGAAAUGUAGUUUCGUUGUAAAAUCUUGAAAAAGAGUUGGAUAUUGAAAACUCAGCUGAGUAGUUGCUCCCUGAAAUCUUACGCUAUAGCACUCAAACCAGUUAAUGGCUUCUUUACAUAAUAAGAAAUGGAAAACUAAAAUUCGUGAUUUAGUUAUGCAUCUCUUCAUUGUUAUUUAGUUUUACUUCCAGUGCUUACCUAAUUCUUUGAUUACAGAUUAUUCAUAAAGGGAUUAUCAUACCUCUAGCAGUUUUCCAGUUAUAGUGAUUCCCUUUUUCCCUUGUCAUGUAAAUAUUUAUGAAAAAAAAGUUUUGUGUAUAUACAAGUUAUUGACUUUAUAUUUAAAAAUCUCAGAAGUUUAGCUCCAUGAAACACUUCAGCUCACUGAUGGAAUAACUGUAUGACCAUGUUACAUUUUCCUUGUCGGGUAUCCAGUGUGUGGAGUUUAAACAAUGACACUUUUUUUUUAAAGGCAGUUUAACUUUGUGUAAAAAAAAAAUCUUCUAGCUUUAUCUGCUUAGAAGAAUUUAAUAUUUUUAAAUGUAUAUUCCUGAAUAUAUGUUGAGAUGAAUUGAACUGGUGUAGAUUAUCAGUUUGCCAUUUAGUUUUAUGAAUUGCUAAGCAAUGUGAGGAAAUGAAAAGCUAUCAUUAAUUUCAAAAUAAAUACAAUAAAAAGGAUAUACAGAUACUUAGUGUUGACAUUUCUUGAGAAGUAAAUGUCAGUUUUGAAAUUCUGAAAGUAAAUAUAUCCCUUUGCCCCGCCCCCAACCAAUCUGUCCAUUUAAAAGCUUCUAAAAUUUAUGAAAGAAAAGACUUUCCCCUGUAGAAAUUUGCGUUUUCUCAGUGCUUGUUUCAUGCUUGGUCUCAAAAGUAAAUUAAUUCUUUUGUAAGCAGGUGGUAAGAAAAGUUGCUACUGAAAUUAAGCCUUAUGCCUUUAACACCAUUGCCAGCUACCAGACUUUUAGAUAGAUAACUUGCAAAAUUAUUUGACCUGUUUGACUCUGUGCAAAGAUGAGCAGAAAUAUAGUGGCAGGUAGAAUAGUCAUUUACAGGAAGUCUCUGUAGCGCCACUCUGCACUCAAAAUCAACUCGCCAUUUGAAGCAAAUUUAAUCUUAACAGAAAAUACACACUUUUUUGUGAUGAAAUCCAUUAGUAUCAAUUAGAAACAGAUGUAAGCAGUUGGAUAUUGGUUUUUGUGCCUGUAAAUUGAGUAUGAGAGCAUUUUAUUUGAAAUUUUCUACAUCAAACAGUUGUCAUAUUUUGAUCAUUUUGCUUCAUACUCACUUAACAAGAACAAGUCUUUGACAGUUUUUCUACUUGAUGAGAAUCCUAGAAAUUUGGUAAUAGUAGCAGUGCUCACUGUGUUUAGAAAUUAUUUCUGAACUUAGCUAAUUUAUUGUCAGUCUAAUAAAUUCCUGCUAAAAUGGCCAUUUUCCCUAAAAUUGUCCUGUCGUAUCUCUUUUUUCCAAGUAACUCACUCGAAUUGCUUGGUUGCAUCAUAAAUUAUAUAACAUCAUAGUAAUUAAGGAAUAGUAGAAAACCCAAUCAUGUUUUACUUAAUUUUUAGAAAAGUGGCCUUUAGAAUAAAUAGCAUACUUAAAAGGGAAUUACAAUUUGAAGUAUUUCCUUCAGCCUGCAGAGUGGGCUGUUAGCAGAUAAAGGACGUAAAUCUUUACAAAAGAUCAUUGUUAUUUAUUUUGAAAGUAUUAUAGUCACUAGAAAACAUACAAAUUUGGAUUAGAAUUAUAAUAUUUUCAUCCAUUUCUUUUUCCAGUUUUCACAGGAACAGUGGGCAUAAAUGGGGGUAGUUUCUUUGAAUUCAACCCUACUGUUUAAUAAUACUUUUUCUUUUAAUUUGGAGUUUGAGGGUAUUGAUGACAUUGGUAAAGUUAAGUGAAGUUGUAUAAUGCUAACUUAUACGUGGUUCUAGACAGUGUUAUGCUUUUAUUGUAUUGGUGUGUUCCAUCAAAUCUUAUAAAAUAUUAAAGCAAAGUAUGCUUGAGAAAAGAACAUUCUAAAAUUGAUUGUAAUCACUAAUAAUGGCUGAGCAAAUUUUAGGGUACCCUGCUGACCAGGUCGCGGGAGCUUCUGCUGCUUUGUAUUCUGGGGGUGAGAAAAGUUGGGUUUGCUAUACUUCCUGCAUGCUGGUUUAAAAAAAAAAAAAAGGCCCAUGCCUCUUAGUAUUUUGAGGUAUGUGAGGCAAGAUUUGGCCACCUUGAGGUGGGAGAUUUUUCACGUUUGACAUUCAUUUCAAAGAAAAAUUUUUUGCCUGUGAAAUAUUAUUAUUUAUAAAAGGUGUGUGUUCAGCUCAGAUUCCAAGCAAAACUUGUCAUCCCUGUCCACAGGCUCCCCAUCAUGGAGUAAAGCUGCACUGUGCUGUAGGUAUUUCACGCUAUCUUAUUCAGUUGGCAUCAAAGAAAUAUUUCGCACCAUGUCCUUAAAUUCCUCACAUUAGCAACAGAUUAAAGCAUCUACAGUCAUAUGGAAUAACACAUUUUAAUGUCUUUGUAAGUGAAUUGAGACAAAGUAGAAUCUCACUCCUGAGUCUGGUCCGUUUUGUUCUCCCUUGCCCUGUAGUUACAGAUGGCUUGGUGCUAGUUGCCACCUUGGCGAAUUUCUAGAAUUGUUGAGGACUUCACUGUCAGCGUUGCAUAGUAAUUUCAGGUUAGUUCUUUAAAAGUGAAGAUAAUUCAUUUCAGAACUAAUUGGAUUUGGAUGCAUCUGUAACUAUGUGUUUCAUACCCUUAACGUAAAAUAUGAAUGAUAUUAUGCAAAUACUCUGGAAGAAGUAGUGAAGCCCUUAUUUAUGAGCAUCAUUACACUAAUUCCUUAGACUAAUCUGCUUGUACUACCUCUACUUAGAUUGGUUUUCUGCUUUUCCCCCCUCAACUCACUCUCCCCCAAACCCUAAAGCCAAAAAACCUGCAUCUCCAACCCCACACUAACAACUGAAAGGCCUAGUUGCUGCACUUAGAUUGAUUUAAAGUUGUCUCCUCUUGAUCUUCAAUAUUUCAAAAUAUGUAUGUCAUCUGGCGACGUAACACUACCUGAUAAAACAUGGUUUCAUUUUUUGCUUAAUUACGUAUGAAUUGAAUCUCCCACCAAUGUGAAGGCAGUAACAAAAAUUCUUGGUGGUUCGCCUGAGUUCUAAUCAAGGCAGCUUUCCUAUUAAGCAAGUAUUAUGUGAAAGAAUCAAAAGGUUCAUUGAAAAACUUAUUUAGUGUCCCUGUGGGAGACUUGGAUCCAGUUAAGUAAUCUGAUAAUUCCUCAGCCUCAUGGUGUAUAAGGCAGAAAGGAGAGCUACGUGAAACCUUCCCUCCCCAUAUGGACAGGAACACCACAGCGAACGGCUCAUGUGCUGCUUUACAAAUUGUGUGACUGAACAGAUGAGUACAGAAAGAAUAGUCUGGCACAUAUGUUUGUCAUUUAAAGCUUUAGUGCCAGCAAAUCCCUUUACAUAUUUUUAAAAGAAAAUGAAUAGAAUGAGGAUCCCCUUAAGGAAUUUUACAUGUUGUUGAUCUGAUGGGAAACAUGGUAAUAGAAUUCAGACUUCCUUUUUAGUUUAAUUACUGUUACGAUACAUAUUUCAUGUGAAUGGAAGCAGCUUUCUUUUAAAUAACAUUAUUACUUUAAAACACUCCUUAUAUUAAGGAUUGUGUAGCCUUUUUUUUUUAAUAAAUUCCCUUUGCAUGUAUAACUUUCCCCUGAUCAAGAUAAGAUUUUUCUUUUCAUUUAAUGCCAACGUUUGCUGGUCUCGGGGCCAUUAGAUUUGUGAAUACUCUGUGUAUUGUGUGUGUGUGUAUAGGUGUAUAUAUUUUUUUCAGCUAAUACCUCAAACUUGUGAUUGUUUAAUUAAUACCACAAUAUGUUUGCACAGAGCAGGGCUUCCAUUGGCAGAAGGAUUAAUCUUCUCAUUCUAGGUAUUCAGUUCAGAAUCCUGUGAAAUAUGAGUUCUAAGCCUUUUCGUUAAUCCUUUUUUCCCCUAAGAGUAUAGCCAUUCCUAUUUGAAGUCCCAUUGUUCAAAAUUGCCUGUACCUGUUUCUCUUCAAAGCAAUCUGAAAGUAUGCUAGGUAAGAAGCAUUUCUUAAAAUGUCUCCUUCAGUUCAUUACCAUUGAUAUUUGAAACAGUAACUCACCAAGACUAUUACACCGAGAAGAUAAUUAACAUCUGGCCUCAGACGUGCUUCAGUAGUACUUAAAAGUGUGGGUCCAGACCCCAUAGGGUUGCAGUCCGUAGUUUAGGAAGCUGAAGGGGUCAGGAGUAAAAGAAGUCUAAGAAGCCCUGGAAAUAAUUCCACUUCGCAGAAGACAGUACGCCUUAUUAAAACAUUCCAGUUUAAUAAGCCCCUUUUCCACUUUCACAAACUGAAAUAACGGAACUUUCAUAUGGGUACCAUUGAACUAUAUGUGGCAUGGGUUUUGAUAAUGAAGAGUUCAGUUCUUGUUCUGGCGAGUCAUAACAAAACCAAUAAAAGGAUGCACUCAGUUGAUCAUGUGUUGAUAUUGAGAAAUGCUUCUUACCUGUUUUCAUCUUUCUGUUAUUCGGUAUACCUCCUGCUAGUUCAAAAUUUAGUUUGUAUGCUUUUGAAAGCCAUAGAUCAUUUUCCCCGGGCGUGUAGGAAUUUUAAUGGAAGCCUUGUAAAGAAAAUUUAAUGAAGUGAAGCUAACAUCUUAUAUAGGAGAUCUUAUUUUGUCUAUCUGUAUAGUGCAUUCGAGAUUACAAAACGAACUGUCUGAUUUGUAACAUUUACUGUAAUAUCAGACUUAUAUCAAAAUAAAAUUAUUUUCAGUGUGAGAACUGUGUUAAAGAAAUGGCAUUUGAUUUUACUUUUGUAAACUUGUAAAUUCUGUUGAAUGCUUUAUGAUAAAUUUGUUUUUCAGUUAACUAGUUUUCCUGUCUGUACAAGGUGGGAACAGAUUGAACUGUAUUAUUCUCCCUGCAAAAGAUUACAAUACAAGUUCACUUACAAGGUUUGUUGGAUUUUAUGAUUCUUGGCCUUCCAGCAAUCCCUCCACCGUCACUGCAGAAUUGGAAGGGAACCACAUAGAACUAAGGGUCGUUUUGCAUUUUUCUUUGUUUCAUGGGCUACCAUGGCAGAAAAUUUAUCGCCCACCACCUACCUCACAGACAGCUGUGAGGAAGGUACUUGGUAGCCUUUUAAGGCACUACUUAGUAAUUCAUCCUCCUGUUAGGCUGGAUCUGGGAAAGCAGAUAGUCAAGUAUGGUCUCUUUGAAAAGGACCACAUUUGAAGCCUUCCCAGUCUACCUGAAAUCUUGUGAAAUAUGAAUUCUAAGCCCUUUCAUUAAUCCUUUUUUUCCACAGAAAAAAAAUGAGUCACUAUAGUAAGACUUUUUGUGGAGGGGAAGCUAAAAAUCAUGUUUUAUAUCUUGUGCUAGUUACGAUAGCAUAGUAAUGGGUCAGAUAUGAAACUGCAGUUACACAGAAAUGUGAUGCCUCAUAUAUCGUAAAUAUGCAUUCGUGCUCAGGUACAUUUUUCUCAUUGACCACCCUCAGAAAAAAAAAAAACCAAACAUGUCCUAAUUAUAGCUGCACGAUCGGGGAUAAACACCAUUGCUUCAGCUAGGUUACAGACUUCCGGUUCAUUUCUCUCAAUCCCUAGCUGUCUGGGGCCUAAAAGGUAGUCUCAUUUUUUGUUUGCUUUUGUUUUCAGAAGGCCAUUUCCUAAAAUAUCCUGAUUUUUAGCAUUGGUCUUCUUGCAGAGCCAUGUAUUUUUAUUGGCUAUCCAAAGCUGAAAGGAGGUUUUGCUUUGGACAGUUGACAGGUUAACUGGUGCUGAAAAUGCCAGGUAUAUAUAUCAGGUCUGACUGUGAUUGUGACACAUCCAUAUGUUUGUAUAUAUACGCACAUGUACACAAAUAAAUGGGCAUCUAUGAUUCCAACA